UUUCAUUAUACCAUUGACGAAUAAAAAUAAUUACAAUAGGUCCCUGGCAUGCUACCAGUCGUUAUAGUUGUCGUCCUUUGCAAUGUAACCUAGCCAAUGAAAAAAUAAAAUGGUACCACAUGAAAUAGACAAGGUGACAAAUGGGCUCAUGAACGAAUCUUGGAUAUUUCUUCAUUUAUAUUUUGUACUAAUCAUUUGGCGUAAUUCAUCUUUGAUGAAACAAAAUUGAGCAAUUAUUUGGCCAUUUUCAAUUCUCGUCCUCAAAUUUCAGGAGCUACUACAGAUGCACCCACCAAAAGCUUUACCAAUGCCCGGCCAAGAAGCAAGUCCAGCGGCUCAACGACGAUUUCUACACAUUCGAGGUGACAUAUCGAGGCAAUCACAUUUGCAACAUCCCCUCCACCGCAACAUCUGCCACCAUACCACCACCCAUUGAACACGGGACGGUUUCACAAACUACCGCCAUGCAGCCACCCGUAAGCCAUUGGUUGUCAAUUGAAGUCAAGCCAUCGCCACAAGUGGAAGCUACACCCUCCAUUUUAGAUACCCUAGCGUUUCGAUACCCAGGUACAACGGGUGGUGCCGGGCCUAGUAGUAGCAGCAAUAUCGCAGCCAGUGGCGGUGGCAGUGCAGGACCGUCCGGCCCUCGAUUUCCGGACUACCAGCCGGUGACAGAUUUUGCCGAUGUUAUGUUUAAUUCUGGUAGUAGCAGCAACAAUAGCAUGGAGCUCAUCUUCUCAUCCAUUGAUGAGAAUUGGGACAAUGCUAGAGAAAAGAAACACUAAUUGAGCUGAAAGUAGCCUUUGUGCAAUGAACCAACAAAUUGGGAUUAGAGCUGCAGCGGCCAAUUGCUGCUACAAAACUCCUAGCUGCUUCACAGAUUUUUCAUGGUUGAGGUCAAACUUUUUAACAAAAUACUAAGUCUUACAUUUGUUAUGUACUAUUUUAUUUUACUGCAUAUGUUGUACUCUUAUUAUGAUAUUUAUUAUUUUUUAUUUGUUUGAUUCCUAGCUAGACCGUUGAUUUGAUAUUAAUAAUUUAUUUGUACAGGAGCGAGAAAAAAAAAUUUGUUAUCUAUCAGAGUAGUCUGAUGAUUGAAUACAUAUGAAUAUACACUAAGGUAUGAUAAAUAAUUUAGAUGAAGUAACAAAGAUGUCUAUAUAUUGACAAAAGUGACAGUGAUAAUAUCCAGUUAAAAUAUCAGAACAUUUAAUUCAAAAAUUUAGUAGAAAGUUGUGGGUAAUGUAGGAAGAAUGGAUUAUAAUUGGCUUAAAUUCGAAAUGAAUUGUUGAUUUUAGUUUAAUGAGCUAUUUAUUCAAAUGUUGAAUUUAAAUAGUUCUUGGCUAGUUGAUUAAAUUCAAAAUUAAACCUCAUGUUGGUUUCUUUCACAGUAAAAAGUUUGAAAUGGUAGAGUUUAUUAAAGAUUAUUAUACCCAAAGUCUAUGCAAACGUGUUGGCAAAUUUUAAUUGAAACUAUUGAAUGGUGGGAUUUGAUAAAUAUAUGUAAUUUUUAGAUAACAAGUAAUGAAGACCGUUUUGACUAUUAUAAAGAUAUUCUUGUUGAAAUUAAAAAAGGGGCAGCCAUUGGACUUUUAAAGGAAGUGGGUAAAGGAAAAGAAAUUAUUUUGGAUUUAAAUAGUCGAUUUAUUUGAGUUUUGUUGAAGAAUACUGGAAGAUUAAGAGGGUAUUUGAGCCCUAUUUUCAUGAAAAAAUGAAUUUUAGAAUAACAGAUUGAUAAAUAAU